AUGACCAAGCGGGAGGCGAACGUGCCCGCCCCUUUCGCGUGCGCCCUUCAUGGAGGAUACGCCGACUUAAUCGGUGGAAAUUCCCGUGAUUUUCUUCCUUCUGUCCAUCUUGUUCUCAAUGUUUACCUCUGUGCAUCAGAAGGCAAAUUUGAGAGUAACAUGGUCAAUAAGGCGACGGUCGUGACAAUGCCCUCGCAGUUGACUGGCACGAAAGUGGCAUCUGUCCUGACGCAGUUUGCAAGAGGUGAGCGUAGCAGUGCUGCAAUGACUUGUGCGCGAUGCUAG